AUGUAGAGAAAUUUAGAAAAAAAAUAAAUUUUUUGUAUAAAAAUGCCAAGAAAGAGAAGAUAACAAUAAGGCUAGCGAAAAUCUAAGAGUUAAGAUCCUAUUUAAGAACAAUCUAAGAUUAAACUUCCUGUCUAACAAAAAAGAGUUUCAGGAAUCUAAGAUGGAAAAAAUAAAAUCCUAAGUGGAGAUUUGGAAGAAACCAUUUUUUAUGAUGAAACUAGCAGUUAGCAAGUCUUUAAUAGAGAUGACUCGAAAUCAGUUAAUUAACAAAGCUAAUCAGCGAGUAUGAGUAUAAAUGCAAUGAAUAAAUCAUCAAAUAUUAUAAAGAUUUCUACCAAUUCAACUUCUAGAAAAACAAGAAACUCUCUUACUAUAACAAAAAAAAAUACAGAAAAAGAAAAUGAACCUAUUAUUGAUGAAGAAGAUAUAUAUAAAGAAAGUUACCAAGAAAGCAAUACAGAAUCGUAACUAUUGAGAAAUUAAGAAAAGCUUAAGAAAAUAUUCUCUACAGAAAAUAAUUAAAUCUAACUUAAAGAAAAUUAUGACAGCUAGCUUAUAGACCACGAACACUUUGAAUAAUUGAAGAACAAAGGAAUUUCUAAAUAUGGAAAUAAGAAAGGAAGAAAAAAAGCCCAUGAGAAAGAUCACUAUCUUCCUCUUGAAGAUAAGGAAUUGAUGGAUGAACUGCAUUAAAUUCUAUUGGACUAUGAAUAUAACUUUAGAAAUAAAUCAUAAAAUAAUAGUUUACUUUUUAAGUAAGAAACUAGUUUUGAUAGCUAAAAUAUUGUGAAAAAGGAGUUAGAACAGUCUGGUUAAUUUGAUUGUUAAAUAGCUGACUAAAGUAUGCAGCAUUAAUAGUUGAUUUUAAGCAAUUAUUUUAAUGAUUAAUCAAACUAGGAAAACAAAGAAAUUAAUAUAACAAAUAACAAUAAUCUUUUAAUUAAAUUUGAAUCUCAAAGUUGUUCUGAUUUUAAACAACCUAUUUAUAACUAAAACAUAAAUUAAAUUUAAUUGACAGGUAAUCAAAAUACAUAAAAUCUUGGGGAUUUAUCAAAUAUUCAUGAUUUAAAUAAAUCCAAUAAUAAUUUCCCAAAUUUAAGCAAAAACAAGAGUUAAUGUUUGCAAGGGAGAGAUCUGAAUAAUUAAAAUCCAUAGUUAUCUAAUAAAAUAAAAAAAUUUUCAAUUGAAAAUUAAAAUUCUAUUUCUGCUGAUUCCUAAAAUCAUGUGCUUAUUUUUAAUAAAUAUAAAUAAAAUGUCUUAGAUAACACAAAAUAAUAAUCAUAAGAAACCUAAGAGAGCUUUAAUCAAAAAACUGAACAAUAAAAUGUAUAAAAUAAAACAUUUUCUGAUUCUUUAAGCUAAGACAUAUCAAUAUUUCGAUAGAAGGUAUCUCUUGGUAAUAGCUAAUUAUCUAAUUAAGGAAUAAUUGAUGAGUCUGUUCAGAAAAACAGUUCGUAAAUGGUAGAUGAAGAUGCAGAAACAAUUUCUACACCAACACUUAAGAUUCUUUAAUAACUAGAAUAAUAAGUUUAAUUAUAAAAAAUUGCAAAAAAUAAAAAUAGUAAUGAAAGUAAGCAGAGCAGAAGCUACAAAUUAGCAGAAGAUAUAAAAAUAAUUUACGUCAUGAGUUAAAAAAAGAAUACAAUAAAUGGCUAUUCUUCAAAAUAUUGGGGUUUAGUAGUGAGAUUAAAUCUAAUUUAGCGCCCUCACGAAAGUUUGAGAGAUAGGUAUAAAAGAUUUAUAAAAUAUUUAAAUAGAGAUAAUAUAAUUGAUAUUAUCAAAUGGGUAAGAAAAAAUGAUAAAAUUGAAGGUUAUUUAAAUUUCAUCAAAUUUAAAAAUAAUUUUAAAUUGUUCUCUCAUGUUUCAUUUGAAGAUCCUUUUGCAUCAAAAAAGUAACUUUUCUCUGGCCACAGAGUGUAAGAUGCCAGAAAAAACAAAAGUGUUAGCUUAGAAAGCUAAAGUUAAAAUGAUAGUGAUGAAUAUUCAUCUGUAAAAAAAGAAGAAAAAUAAGAAGGCAAAGCAGAAUUAAACUCUGAGCAUUAAAUUUAACAAUAAUAAAAUACUAGAUCUGAGUAUCAAAGCAACCUUUUUUGCAGUGACUUUAACUUAAAUGAAAAUUUAAAUUAUUUUUAGUAAAAAUAAAAUAAAAAUUCAUUCCUAAAUGUUAACCGUUAACAGUAAUAUUCACCAAAAAAAAUAAAUAAUCGCAAGAGAGAAGGCUCUAAUAAAAAUGAUUUGGUAAAAGGCUGCCACUCACCAAGUACAUAACAAAAUUCCUAAAUGUCAGUUUAUUCACCAGAAACAAAUCUAAAAAAUGAAACAUAUUCUUUCUAAAAUGUUAAUCAAUAAGUAGUAAAUAACAGUUUAUCUAACUAAAAAAAAGAAGAAGGUAAUAUAUUUGAAAUUUCUAAUUUCUAAUUUAAUCAGUCAUGCUAUAUUGAUGGAGAAAGUAAACUAUACAUAAUCCUCUCAGAAGCCGACUCUGAUGAAGAUUUGUAUAAUGAAGCAUAUUUAAAAGACACUGAUUAAAUCUUAUUAAAGUAAGACAUGAAUGAUAUGAGCUAAUAGUAAAAUAUAAAUGAAAAUGAAGUUGUGAAUAAUCAAAAUUAAAUUUUACCUCCAAACAUUAUGGGUGGUAAUUCUAUGAAUUCACUUGAAGGUGAAAUUAUCAAAAAAGAAGAAGAAUAAAACUGUGAAUAAGAAAGCAACUUCGUAAAUGACGAAAGAUUUAUUAAUAAAUAAUCGUUUACUUAAGAUUAAAUAUUAGACUAAUAAUAAGUCUUUUAAUAACAUUAAAACUACUAAAUUUAGCAUUCUAAUUAAAAAGAAUCCCCAUAUGAAAUGAAUGAAAGCUUUAACUCGAGGUGUCAUAUUCAAGAAAUAGAAUAAUUAAACAGAUGCGACUACUAUAAUAAUGAAAAUGAUAGUAAUUCUUUCUAGCAACUCUAUAACAAAAUGGUGAGCUAAAAUAAUGAAUUGAAUGUCCAAAGCAAAGAUUUUCAUUCAAUGGAUAUUGAGCUAGAUCAAAGUUAAAUCUUGCUAUGA